AUGUGGGGCAUCUUUGCCCUUUUCGGGGUCCUGCUGCUAAGCAUGGGACGUAAGAGAGUAGACCCAGAGCAGGCCCAGAAGGCUGUAGAUGCGGUACGCAGCGGUGAGAUGUCGCUCCGCGUUGCUGCGAGGACCUACGGGUUACCGCUAGCCUCGCUGCACGACCGUGUGAAGAACAAGGUGGCCAUAGAUGCGAGGGUUGGUCCCGGGACUGUCCUGAGCAAGGAGGAGGAAGAUUUCGUAGAAGACGUCUUGAUCUACGCCUCCCGACACUUCUUGCUGUUGGGUCGGAGGGAGCUGAGAGACGCUGUGCGCAACAUCUGCACCGACGGGCGCAAGGUGCCCUGGGACCCAGACAAGGGCCCUGGGGACAGCUGGCUUGAGGGGUUUAUGGCGAGACACCCGGGUUUGUCGGAGCGAGCCACCCACAUCUACGAAGCAAACCGGAUUAACGAAGACGGCGAGCCUCGCCUUCAAGCUUUCUACAAAGCAUGG